CACCUGUUCUCUAGUAGUACUUGAGAAGCAGUUCCAGCCGUUAGCUGUAAAUAAAGAUGGCAGACAUGAUUCAAGUUUCCUCUUCUCUUGGGUUGCCAACUAUUCCUAUUUCUCACCAUACCAGGUGGUGUUUUUGAAAGACUGGUCUUGUGUACUGCAGAGAAGGUCAAGAGACUGUCUGGCAGGCAAAGCCCUACUCCUGACCUUCAGAAGCACCAGGAAGUGAAAUCACUUCAAUAAUGUACACUUCACGAGCUCUGCUCUUUUGCUGCCUUAUAAAGACCGGUACAGAACUGCAUACUGUAACUAAAAGAAGCAGUGUCAUAUUAAACAAAGUAAGCUUUCUGCUCAAUUAGGGCUAGGCAGGGAGAAGUGUGGUAUCAAUUUGUCAUUGCACAUUAAUGCAGGAAAAAAUAAAAACAUCCCACCUUUGCUUUCUAAAGAGCAUAUUUCCUUUGGGAUAUUCUGUUAAAACCACAGCAGUGAGAGAAAGUCACAGUAGUAAGACACAGUAUUGAGUAAUAAAAAAUAUAAAAAGGCAAAGUAAAUGCACUGGAGAGAACUAAGUUAAAGUGCAAAACUGUUGAUUUUUUUGUGAUAUUGUUAUAUUGGUUAUAUCUGGAUAUAGUCACUUGAACCGCUCCAUGCUGUAGUUCUCAAGGAUAGUAUCAGAAAAUUAGCUCCAGGAUGCAGUAAGGUGGUAAAAAAGAACCAAUCAGACAACAAAACAGGGAAAAGCUCAAACGUAGCACAACAGUAUUUAUUAUCACACUAUUCAUUUUGUCACUGUUUUGUAUAAACAAUUUUUUGUCAGACCAAAUUUGGACCAAAAUCUUGGAGCUGUGGCAACAAAUUUCUGUCAAGAGUUGUAAGCUAAUUAAAAGAUUAAAAUAAAUUAAUACUUUGAGAAUCUGUAUCUAUUACUAUGCAUAUAGUAUGCUCAUUAUAUGCAUAUUUAUUACACUAUUUUUAGUGUUUCCCUGAUCUGUUGUCUGAUUAGGUUUGGUUGUUUUAAGAUUUAUUGAGUUGGGUAAAGUCAUGGAAGGUGUGGGUAUAAUAUCUGGAAUGACCAAGGAUCUUAGGAUUCAGUCACAGGUAAGACUAAUUAGGAAACCUCGUAAUAUUGGGAGCUGGGGCUUGAAAAGUGUUGAAGGGAGAUGAACGGAGCAGUGCCGGUGGACCCUGCUGUCUGUGUCCGAGCACAGCUACGCCAGUUUGAAAGUACCUUGGGGCAAAAUGCUGAGGGCUUCUGGAUGAAGAAGACAUUGGGCCUCCGAUAGCACCAUCUUCAAUAAGGCAGGACUGAAGUGAGCAAGUGUUAUUCUAUUGUUUUGCAUUUCUCUUGAAUGCAGACAUUUUUAAUAACUUUUCAUUACAAAAGCCGUAAAUAUCUUAAUGGUCUAAUUUCUUGAAUUCCAAAAGUUUUGUGCACUCAACUCAACUCAAAAGACUGGAGCAUAACCUUUAAAUCAUUAUUUUGCAAAUAAUUAUACUAAAAAGUGUCGUUAGACAGAUUUUUGAUGACUACCCACCGUCUUUUCUUUUACCUGAAGGAGAGAAUGACAAGAAUAUCAUUAUGUGGAUGGAUCACAGAGCAUCCGAACAGGCAGCCUGGAUCACUAGGACACAACACAAGGUCCUACAGUCAGUGGGAGGGGUGAUGUCCCCAGAAAUGCAGCCCCCCAAACUAUUGUGGCUCAAAGAAAACCUGCGACAUUCCUGCUGGGAGAAAGCGGCACACUUCUUUGAUCUCCCUGACUUUCUGUCCUGGAAGGCCACAGGGUCAUUGGCAAGGUCUCUCUGUACAUUGAUCUGUAAAUGGACCUACUCCUCAGAAAAUGGCUGGGACCACAGCUUCUGGUCAGCCAUUGGUCUGGAGGAUCUGCUGGUCGAUAAUUAUUUCAAAAUAGGAAGGGACACCAGCUGCCCGGGAAGUCCUCUGGGACAGGGGCUGACAGAUCAGGCAGCACAAGAAAUGGGUCUGGAGGCGGGCACAGCUGUGGCUGCCUCUCUCAUCGACGCUCAUGCAGGAGGAUUAGGCACCAAAGAUGAAACUGAUCUGUACUGUACAAAAGGUGUGAUUGGAGCAGAUGUGAGAGGGUAUAACUUGCCUUGUGAGAAACAACCAAUCACAUCUCGCUUAGCCUUGAUCUGUGGAACCUCUUCCUGUCACAUGGGGAUCAGCAAGCAGCCAGUCUUUGUACCAGGUGUGUGGGGUCCAUAUUACUCUGCAAUGGUUCCAGCAUUUUGGUUGAAUGAAGCAGGACAAAGUGCCACAGGUAAACUGAUGGACCAUAUGAUUAAAGGGCAUGCUGCCUUCCCUGAGCUAAAGGAAAAAGCUAAAGAAAGUGGGGUGAAUAACUAUACUUACCUAAAUAGUCAUCUGCACACGAUGAGUGUUGACGCACCCCUGGACGUGCUCACUGCUCACCUGCACAUCUGGCCAGAUUUCCAUGGCAACCGGUCUCCGUUGGCAGAUCCCACUUUGAAAGGAAUGGUUGUUGGCCUUCCUCUCUCUCAAAAUCUUGAUGACUUAGCUCUUCUGUAUCUGGCCACAGUGCAGUCCAUCGCACUGGGAACAAGACACAUCCUGGAAACUAUGCAAGGGGCAGGAUAUGACAUCAACACACUGUUCCUGUGUGGUGGACUCAGUAAGAACCCUCUCUUCAUACAGGCACACGCUGACAUCACAGGCUUGCCGGUAGUAUUGCCCAAGGAACCAGAGGCAGUGCUGGUAGGAGCAGCUAUUCUUGGAGCCUGUGCCUCCCAUGAUUGUAGCUCACUUCAGGAAGCAAUGGAGAAAAUGACCAAAGUUGGAAAUGUUGUUCAACCAAACAUUGAACUGAAGAGUUUCUAUACCAAGAAGUACAGAGUGUUUCUCAGGCUUGUUGAUCAUCAGAGGGAGUACAAUGCACUCAUGCAUGACUGACCAAGGAAACAGAGAGCAAGAUGCACCUGUAGGAUUAUAGACAACUCAUUAAUACCUUUUCUGGGCCUGCUAUAUGUCAACACACUUACAGUACAUGUAUAAGGUAUAUAAGUGUUUUAUAUACUGUAAUCACUACAAACUGAUCGACAAUGGUGAAAAAUUACCAGGUCUAAAUUGCACAAAUCAGUAUUUGAUACCAUUGCAUUUCUUCCUUUGAAAAUUAUACUUUGAAAACAGUAAAUAACAUUGUACUAUGAUGGUGAUACUGACAUUCCUGUGAAAAAGCUGUGAUAUUGGUUGUAGUUCUGUAAUACAUAAAUAUGAACUUGAAAUGUGUGCUGUAUGUAGAAUACAUUGGUUCCACCUUUCUCUUUGGAAAUAAAAUAUUGUGAUAGGUAUUUCAAAAUGAAUCCCAAAGCACUCUAAAUAUUUUAUCAAAUUAAUCAAUUAAUGAUUUGUUUUGCAUAACAAAAUAAAAUAUCAGUAUUAUAACCAUUAUAUAACCAUGUAAUAACAAAUAAUAUAAUAAAAUAAUUAUUUUAGUCAAGUACAUCAAUC